AUGAGAUUUCAAUGGUGUGUCUUGGGACUCUUGUUGUCUAUCGGUUUGAGAUCCCAUGCGGAAGGUAUCACAAGUGACGCAUACUUCUACGGCCAAUCUCCACCCGUCUAUCCUUCGCCACUGGGAACAGGAUCCGGAGAUUGGGCAAUUGCCUAUGAAAAAGCCAAGGAUUUUGUCAGCAAACUUUCUCAAGAAGAGAAAGUGAAUCUGACCGCUGGGGUACCGGCUGAAAAUGGCUGCUCGGGAAACAUUCCAGCUAUACAGCGCUUAGAAUUCCCUGGACUUUGCGCCUCAGACGCAGGAAAUGGCCUUAGAGGCACAGACUUUGUUAACAGCUGGCCUAGUGGUAUCCACGUUGGAGCCAGCUGGAACAAAGAGCUCGCGCGGCAAAGAGCAAUGCAUAUGGGCGCCGAAUUCCAAAGAAAAGGUGUGAACCUUUUCCUUGGCCCUGUUGUGGGACCACUUGGUCGUAUUACCGAGGGAGGGCGCAACUGGGAAGGAUUCUCAGAUGAUCCGUAUCUCGCAGGGGCUCUUGUCUAUGAAACAGUUACUGGCGUACAGUCAUCUGGGGUAGGAGCUUCGACAAAGCAUUUUAUUGCAAAUGAGCAAGAGACCAAUCGGAAUCCGGGAAUAAAUACCCAGGGUGAGUAUAUGGAGGCGGUUUCGUCCAACAUUGAUGACAAGACUAUGCACGAGCUUUAUCUUUGGCCUUUUCAAGAUGCCAUCCGGGCAGGUAGUGCUUCUGUCAUGUGCUCAUACCAGCGUGUGAACAAUAGCUAUGGCUGCCAGAACAGUAAGACUUUGAAUGGAAUACUGAAAACAGAGCUCGGUUUCCAAGGCUAUGUUAUCUCGGAUUGGGGUGCACAGCAUGCUGGAAUUGCAGCUGCUAAUGCCGGGCUGGACAUGGGUAUGCCCACCAGUCCCAUGUGGGGUGACCAUAUAACAGCUGCGAUCAACAAUGGAUCGAUGGAUGCCUCCCGGUUAGAUGACAUGGUCACUAGGAUCAUCGCAACGUGGUAUCAGCUGAAUCAGGAUACAGGAAUUACCAACCCAGGCGUGGGAAUGCCAGCGGAUGUCACUCACCCUCAUGAGAAAGUAAUUGGCAAGUCCCCCGAUGAAAAAGCUGUGCUACUCCAGAGUGCAAUUGAAGGACAUGUUCUCGUCAAGAACGCAAAGAGUGCCCUUCCCCUCAAGUCUCCAAGUCUCAUCUCCGUAUUCGGAUAUGACGCACAGGGACCAGAUUACAUGGAAGUGAACCUCAGGUCUCCACUGGGUAGUCCACCGUUCAUCAACAGCACGUUGUAUGUUGGUGGAGGGUCGGGGGCUAACUCAGCCGCUUAUAUAGAUGCGCCGAUCGACGCCAUCCAGCGCCAGGCGUAUGAAGAUAAUACCUCUGUUAUGCGUGACUUUACCUCGCAGGACCCUGAAGUCGACCCUACAUCCGAUGCCUGUCUAGUGCUUACCAACGCGUACUCUACUGAAGGUUCUGAUCGACAGGGCCUAGGCGAUGACUACAGUGAUACUUUAAUCACCAAUGUAGCGAGGAAGUGCCCCAACACGAUAGUCAUCAUCCACAAUGCCGGCAUUAGAAUAGUAGACGACUGGAUCGAGAAUGAGAAUGUCACGGCUGUCAUAUUUGCCCACCUACCGGGCCAAGAUACCGGACGCGCUUUGGUCGAUAUUCUUUAUGGCCGUGCCAAUCCUUCCGGCCGACUUCCAUAUACAGUUGCAAAGAAAGCCGCCGAUUACGACGGGCUUCUGUCACCCACACAGCCCAGCGGAGAUUUUUUACUUUUUCCACAAUCUGAUUUUGCCGAGGGUCAGUUUAUUGGAUACCGAGCAUUCGACCAGAAGAAUAUUGCCCCACGCUUCGAAUUCGGAUAUGGGCUAUCAUAUACGACGUUCCAGUACUCGGAUUUACGGCUUCAGCUUGCGACUGGGGACUCUAUAUCCGAGUAUCCACCCUCUGCUCCAGUUGUUCAGGGAGGAAACCCACAUUUGUGGGACGAGCUAGUUACCGUUACUGCCGAGGUCCAGAACACGGGUGCUGUAGACGGGCUUGAGGUUGUUCAGAUUUAUAUAGGCAUUCCAAAUGGACCUGUGCGCCAGCUACGUGGAUUUGAAAAGGUUGACCUGGGUAGCGGCAAAAGCCAAACAGUCACCUUUUCACUGACAAGAAGGGAUCUGAGUAGCUGGGAUGUUGAUGCUCAGCAGUGGGCUUUGCAGAAUGGAACUUUUAAGGUGUAUGUCGGUAGUUCGAGUCGGGAGUUGCCAUUGGAGAGCGAGUUUACUUUGUCAUUUGAAGGGCUUCCAAAUUGA